AUGUCUUCUCCGGCUCCCCCUGCUGCUGUCCCGGCUUCAGAUCCCAUUGUCGCCGACGAUGAUGCUUCCGACACUGGCAGCUUCGUCUCGUCGCUCACCUCGCUCAGCCCCUCGAUAGUCCAGGGUGUUGUCGGUGAGGGCCGUCGCACCUACGCGGCCUACGGAAAGGAGGAGUAUGGAUUUCCUAUGGAUGAGCAGGAGCUGGAGCGUAUGGACAUUGCCCACACAAAGUACUUUGCUCUCCUCGAGAAGCACCACUUCUUUGCUCCCAUCGGGGACAACCCCCAGAGGAUCUUGGAUCUUGGAUGUGGAACGGGUAUCUGGAGUAUCGACGUGGCCGACAAGUAUCCCGGGGCUCAGGUUGUUGGUGUCGAUAUUGCACCCACCCAGCUGGAGUGGGUUCCUCCCAACUGCUCUUUCGAACUCGACGACAUAGAGCAGCCGUGGACGUGGAAGGAGAACUCGGCCGACUUCAUCUUCUCUCGCGACCUCAUUACUGCCAUCCGGGACUUUCCCAAGCUGAUCGACCAGUGCUACAAGCACCUCAAGCCCGGAGGUUGGAUCGAAUACCACUGCAUCACCGGUGUUCUGGGCUGCGACGAUGGCACAAUCCCCAAGGACAGCACCUUUCAAAAGUUCUCCGAUUGCCUCCGCGACUCCUGUAUCGCCUUUGGCACCCCCGUCGACGACCCGACCCGGUGGAAGCAGCAAUUUACCGACCGCGGGUUCGAGUCGGUGACGGAAAAGAUCUAUAAGCUGCCCACGGCCCCCUGGGCCAAGGACCAGAGGCUCAAGCUCAUCGGCGCCUGGGAGCAGCACAAUCUGCUCACCAACCUCGAGGGCCUGGUCAUGCGCAUCUUUAACAAGGGCCUGGGCUGGACCGAGGAGCAGACUGCUGUGUUCCUCGCUCAUCUGCGCCAGGAUAUCCGAAGCAACAAGAUGCACGGGUGGUGGCCAUACUACAUCGUCUAUGGUCAAAAGCCCCUGUCGGGUUGA